UGACACAGUGCAGGGCUGAACUGAGCCUAAUCCUCCGUCAGGAGAAACUCUCACUCAAACACCACAGGGUUACAGUCCCACACAGUCUUUCUCAGUUUUAUUAGCUUAGCAGACACUUCUAUCCGAAGCGUCGUACAGUUCAAAAGCAGGGUCACACAGUCCUUGGGUUAACGGCCUUAUUCAAAGGCCCAAAAGUGGAAUGUGCCAUCUCUGGGAUUUGAGCCAGCGACCUUUCGCUCUCAGACGCAGCAUCCUAACCCACUGAGCCACAUAAAACCCCCCUCGUUUGCUCAUCGUCCGCUAAUGAGACGCAUUCGCUUGGCGCGGCACUGGUGGAGCUCUUGUGUGUUUGUGGGUAGGCUGCCCUGUGGCUGGGAGAACGCCGGCUUCUCUUAUGACGCUUGUUCCCAGGGCGAUAAUGCCGAGGCCAGAUGGUUGCAAUAAGCACAAACCCCGGAGCUGAAAUCGGCCUGACUGGGCUCUGCUUGUAGAGCAAAAUGCCGUUGAGAUGCGGAAGGAACAAAAACAACGUAACCAUUGAUGCGAAACGUCCCUGAAAGCCUAGAGGGGAAGUAAGAGACCUACAUCUAAAUGGAUAAAUUGUUUAUGUGGUUUGCUGUUGGUCCAAGUUCUCCAUGUCAUCGUGACUCUGGAAACUAUGAGAGAAGAUGGGAGAUUUUCUUUUAUGUUGCUGCUCGUGGUUCACUGUCAGGCAACAUGGUCUUUGAUGUCUGAGAGCUGUUUAGAGGGAUCGAAGCCUUGAUUAAAGUCAGGGGGCCGUUCGUAAGGUUAAAUAUUACUUUGACUUGCAGUGUGCAUAAUUAGUAUGGGAUUUGUCUUGUGGAGUCAACACGUGUUAAUUCUGCACUUACGUGGCCCCGCCCACUAACGCCAAGCCAACAGAAAGACCACAACUCAGUAAAUCACUCUCUUUGUGUCCCGCUGACGGCUGUUCAUCAUGCUCGUCUGUUUCCUGGGUUGGGAGAUGGCACUCGUCUUGUGUAUCUGAACUCUUCAUGACUCUGGGUUCAUACCCUGGGCUGUAAGACAGCUGUGCAAAGCGAAGAUGUAGGAUACAGAUGACUGGUGUCUUCAGGGUUAUUAUGCAAGAGGAACAGCAGUUAUCAAAAAAAUUAUUUGGAAGUUUCCAGAAAUUUCCAUUUGCAGUCCAAGGCCUGAGUAAUAGCAGAUAAUUUUUUUGUUUUUUGGUUUUUAACGUGAUAAAUAAAUAAAUGUGUGUCUAUGUGCAUCUGUGUCUGUGUCUGUGUGUGUCUGCGUCUGUGUCUGUCUGUGUCUGUCUGUGUCUGUGUGAUUGUCUGUGUGCGUCUGUGUCUGUGUGCAUCUGUGUCUGUGUCUGUGUGUGUCUGCGUCUGUGUCUGUCUGUGUCUGUCUGUGUCUGUGUGAUUGUCUGUGUCUGUCUGUGUCUGUGUGCGUCUGUGUCUGUGUGUGUGUCUGCGUCUGUGUCUGUCUGUGUCUGUGUGCGUCUGUGUCUGCGUCUGUGUGUCUGUGUCUGUCUGUGUCUGUGCGUCUGUGUCUGCGUCUGUGUCUGUCUGUGUCUGCGUCUGUGUCUGUCUGUGUCUGUGUGUCUGUCUGCAUCUGUGUGUCUGUCUGUGUGUCUGUCUGUGUCUGUGUGCGUCUGUGUGCGUCUGUGUCUGUGUGCGUCUGUGUCUGUGUGCGUCUGUGUCUGUCUGUGUCUGUAUCUGUGUGCAUCUGUGUGUCUGUGUCUGUCUGUGUCUAUGUGCGUCUGUGUCUGUCUGUGUGCGUCUGUGUCUCUGUGUCUGUGUGUGUCUGUGUGCGUCUGUGUCUCUGUGUGCGUAUGUGUGCGUCUGUGUCUGUGUGCGUCUGUGUGCGUCUGUGUCUGUGUGCGUCUGUAUCUGUGUGCAUCUGUGUGUCUGUGUCUGUCUGUGUCUAUGUGCGUCUGUGUGUCUGUGUCUGUCUGUGUCUGUCUGUGUCUGUGUGCGUCUGUGUGUCUGUGUCUGUCUGUGUCUGUGUGCGUCUGUGUGUCUGUGUCUGUCUGUGUCUGUGUGCGUCUGUGUGUCUGUGUGUGUCUGUGUCUCUGUGUCUGUGUGUGUCUAUGUGCGUCUGUUUCACCUCCGGAUCUCCGUGACCCUGCAUAGGACAAGCAGGUCUAGAAAAUAGAUGGAUGGAUUUCAAACUACACUGCAGGUCCUUUCUCUGCAGUGAUGUGUUAUGAUUUCAGGUAAUCUAAGUAAUCUAAGUAAUCUAAGUAAUCUAAGUGAAAAGGCCGAGCUGGUUUUCCAGUAGAAGCAUUUCUCCAUCAGCCUCUCAAACAAGCACAGCGACAGGAAGUCAUCUUGCGUCACAAAACAAUGCGUUGCUGAAGCGCUUCCCUCCCGACCGCCAUGGCAUUUCCCAUCUCUAGUCGUCAUGCUAGUUCUGUUUUCGAGAACCUGUCAUGUUUUGACGGCGUGUCCUUCUACUUGUUGUGACUCCAGGGAGAGACUCAUGGCACCGUUGAAACAACAAAAAAUAAAGGGGGGGGGGCAGAGAUAAGAACUCUCGUUACCACGGCCACGGCGGAUUUAAGGGUGCACGAGAUACAGCAAUGAAACGCUUUCAUCUGGCUAAAGUCCAGCAUGGCCCGGGAAGAAUGAAGCCUCCACGGUGUCUGUGACCGCUGUUACGCCCCCCCCCCCCGCCUUCUCAGCUCCCGCCCAUCCGUUGGUCCAUGCUGUCCUGCUCUUGGAACUCGCGGUAGAAAGUGGGGCCAACUGUCUCUAACCAAGAUGUCUGGAUGGAGAUCUCAUUGGCAUCUGGUCCUGCUGAACUCGCUGACGUGCGGCCUGGAGAUCUGUGUGGCGGCGGGCAUCACCCAUGUGCCCCCCCUUCUGCUGGAGGCGGGGGUGCAGGAGCGGUACAUGACCAUGGUGUUAGGUAUCGGGCCAGUGCUGGGUCUCCUCUUCAUCCCGCUGAUCGGCUCGGCCAGCGACCGCUGCUCCAGCCGUUUCGGCCGCCGUCGGCCCUUCAUCUGGCUGCUCUCGCUGGGCGUGCUGCUGUCCCUCUUCAUCAUCCCGCACGCUGACGUGCUGGCCGCCCACUUCGGCCACGGAGGGCACCCCCUGCAGGUGGGCCUGCUCAUCCUCGGCGUGGGCCUGCUGGACUUCUGCGGCCAGGUGUGCUUCACGCCGCUGGAGGCGCUGCUCUCGGACCUGUAUGGUGAGGAGGAAGCGUGCGGCCAGGCCUUUUCCAUGUUCUCCUUCAUGGUCAGCCUGGGGGGCUGCGUGGGAUACCUGCUGCCAACUCUGGACUGGAGCGGGGGGGUGCUGUCUGCCUACCUGGGGGGCCAGGAGGAGAGCCUCUUCGCCGUUCUCAUCCUCAUCUUCAUCCUAAGUGUCCUGGUCACCAUGAAAGUGUCCGUGGAGGAGCCGCCCACACGACAUGCCGCUCUGGACCCUGGACCCCCGGAGGCCGUCCACUGCACUGCGCUCCCACUCUCCUGCUGGCCGCCGGGUCACUGCAGGUCCCGGGCUCCCGGGGCCAGCCCACUGCUCUGCCUGCUCCACGCGUGCUGGUCCAUCACCCCCGCUGCCUACCGCGGGUACUGCGACGUGCCGCAGGUCAUGCGGCGGCUGUGUGCAGCGCAGCUUUGUGGAUGGAUGGCCGUCAUGUCCUUCGUGCUCUUCUACACGGACUUUGUGGGGGAGGGGCUGUAUGAGGGCGUGCCCAGCGCCCCCCCUGGCACACCGUCCAGGCAGCGCUACGAAGAAGGGAUCCGUGUGGGCAGCCUGGGCCUCUUCCUCCAGUGUACCACCUCCACCGUCUUCUCGCUGGCCAUGAGUCGGCUGGUGCGCCGCUUCGGUUCCCGCCACGUCUACCUGGGCAGCCUGGCCAGCUUCACGGCCUCCGCCCUGGUCAUCUGCCUGUCCAGGAGCGUGGCGCUGGUCACCGCCAUGUCGGCGCUCACCGGCUUCGCCUACGCCACGCUGCAGACGCUGCCCUACAUGCUGACCUGUCACUACCACAAGGAGGCAGAGGUCUACAUGCCAGGAGUGAGAAGCGUGCGUAGCAGAAGUGCCCCCACGCAGGCCGGCGGCGAGGAGGGCGCCUGGUUCCACAGUCUGAAGCACGACAGUGUCAGCGGGUGCUUGCAUUUCGGUGGUGACGACGACUGCGCCAAGCCCUGCGGCCCAGCGCUCGACCCUGUCUCAGGCAAACGGGGCAUGGGGCUGGACUUCGCCGUGCUGGACAGCACCUUCCUCUUGUCUCAGGUCUUCCCCACGCUCUUCAUGGGCACCAUCGUCCAGCUGACCAAGUCGGUCACCGCCUACAUGGCCUCCUCCACCCUGUUCGGCUUCAUGGCCAUCUACUUUGGGAAACAUAUAGUGUUUGACCAGAGGGACCUCAGGGCCUGAGAGGUGGGGGGUGGGUGGUAGGCCACCGUGACUGAGAACCAGGUCUGAUCUUGGCCUCCACUGCCUGGAACACCCUUCCCAUGGCCUCUGUCUGGCUGGUGGAAGCCCAGUGGCCCAACAGUGUAUGUUAGCUUUGUGCUACGUUUGUGUGCGAACAGGCGGCCUUACAGAGCCUGGUCUUUCUGGCCAUCGUCCAUGUGGAAUGAAUAGUUUGGUGUCAGCCGGUGCUUGAUGCUUGUACUUAAAAGAUCUCUGACCUUUUCAUCUCAGGUUAGGCAGACCCCCCCACCCCCAACCUGGAGACCUGUAGCACACCUCAGAGGUAACUCUAGGAUUUUUUUUUGAGGUGUAGGACACAAAAAGACCAACCUUAUCAUUAGCCAAUGAUAUGUUUUGAAUCAAUGAGUGACAGGGUAGUGGGCACUCUGGGAGCCAAUCAGCUUUCAGCUGUGACCAGCACCCCUGUGGCUCCGCCUCUGGCACACCCUGACUUUCGAGUAUUCCCAGACAGACAUGAGAAAUGCAUUAACGGCUGUGUAUCUAGCACUGACAUGUCUCUCGGGCUCUCAGCCCGGUUCUGUCACUGCUGUGAGUGAUCCACAGUGGACCCACGGCCUGCUGAACCGGACUGACCCAUUUGGGCCAUUUACAUUCCGCUCCCGUUGGUUCCCCUAGGAGCUUUUCCAUUCCCGACAUCGGCUUUACUGAUGCACUUUCCUGAUGCACGCUUGUUGGCUUGGACCAUCUUGUGGAUUUCGUUGCCCUGGUAACCAUUAAAGGCACCAAAUAGAUCCUGUCAUUGUUUACUGGCCUGGAUCACCAUGCUGGUGGUUAACCGUGCACGACGUCUACGUUUUUCUUUGUUCUGUGUUAAAAGUACAUCUUCUGUCCCCACAGGAAUAUCUGUGGCGACCCGUUUUAGUCUGGUUCCGAUUUAGGUUCAGUUCUCCUUGCUCCUGUCGUGUCGCUAGUUUAAAGCUGGUGAGACAGAUUGGGUGCGAUUCGCCCUUUCUAAGUUCGGCAUUUCAUCAAAUUACACAGACGUUUUGGGGGUUUUUAAUGCCAUUUUGACAAACGUGGGAUUCUCCAUCGCAGAAUGCCGUACAUUGUUUAAUAUGACAGAAUCCUGUGAGAAGAUUCCGUUGUUUCUCAUGAGAUGGGGAUGUUUUUAUGAGUUUAAAUCAGUGUCAAUCAGUUUACUCAUCAUAACAACAUAUUAUUCUCAUAUGCAGUUACAGUAAAUGUCUGACUGAGCAGAGGGACAGAUUUCUGGUUUGAUGUUCAUCGAGCAGCAUCUCUGAUAUGCUGUAAAAUGGGUGACUGCGAUUCGCUCGGCAGAGGGCUUAUUCCCAAGUUUCUGCCAAUUUGCGUAUUGCGGUGGGACGUUACUCGAGAGCUGGUGGCGGUUUAGGGUGACGCUCUGAUUAAGCACAGGCCGCAGUGUGGAGCUGGAUCAGGGCCCAGAACCAUUCGUGAAGCCCACAGCGCAGACGUGCAGCUACAAAUUACGACCGUAAGCUGUCGGGUGGGCACCUGCACAGCAAGAAUCCUGUGCUUAUUUUAAGCGCUUUUUCGAUAUUUAUAUGGUGUUGGUUUCUUUUAUUUAAAUCCGACGUCGAGUUCUCUGUGUGGCGAUUCAUUUCGGGGUUAAAAUUUUGUUGUUUUUUUUUUCAAUCUCUUGCCGUACUGGCUGUGAAGCAUUAAAAGCGCGUUUUAUUAAAAAGCUGUAAGGGGAUUCUGCCUAAGCAUGACCCGCGCUGCCCCCACAGACCACAACGUGGCCGACGUCACUAUAACAUACAUUCUGUAAAAAUAUUACCUUCGUGCAAUGUACUGCCAAUUUUCAGGGCAUUUCUUAGCUUUAAUGAAUAUUUAAGUCUCAGAAAAUAUUUUUCGUGAUUAAAAAUACAACUUAAUUAUCGUAAUUAUUUCAAAAAGUGCCUGGAAUUUUUAUUGUAAUUUCUAGAUAUGUAUUUAUUUUUCUAAAGUCGUAAGCACACAUUCUAAUCGUGCUCGUUUGUGUUGGAUGUGUCGUGACCCUGCGGGUUUAGAUCAUUUCGCUUGAUUCGUGCGCACGAUCCCCCCUCCCACCGAUGUUCUGAUAUCCGGCUGCUUUCCACCGAAGGUCAGAGCAGCUCGACCUCAUUUAAGCUGUGACAGCACGGACUACAAGGUGCCACUUUGUUUUUGUGUUCCCAGUAUGAAUUUUACGAUAAAUAAUUACAUGAUUCAGUUUACUUUUAUGUCGGCCAUUUUAAGCUGUUGAAUAAUAAUAAUGUAUAUUUAACCCGCAACGGGGAAUCUGACAUGACUGACUGUUAAGACUAUCAUCUUCCUGUGUUUAAGUUGUAGUGUUUGCACAGCGCAGCAGUAUGUUACCUGAAAUGCCAUAGAAGGCUGCCUUUUAAUUUUUGCUUUUUAUAUACGUGAUUAUAAGGUUACACCAAAGACUUGACACAGCUGGCUAGAAGCUUUGCGGUGGUUUAGAUAUAUAUUUUACUUUUUGUUAAACAAAAGAAACCGAUUGAAAAUGUCCCGUCACAGAACGCCAUGGUCCACCAGUGCUGGGAACUGAGUGUUCGAGGAUGUUGUGUUUUGUAUUGAAAUGGGAGGGAGGGGUCGCACAGGGGGUUAUGGUGAGGGCGGGCAGGGUCUGCACCCCUGUCUCCAUCACCAAAGCCUGAACAGGCAGCUGCUCCUUCAAGAGAAAGCAACUGGCUUUACGUCACACUUACUAAUACUUUUUUGCAUUUUAUUUAAUUUUCAGCAUUCUGGUACAUGCGACCUGGGCUGUUAUCUGAGGCAGACUUCAAAUGAAUAUUGUUUUAGCCAAAUCUCCGGUAACUUUGCACAUUACUACAGAAAUCCCUGUGUAUCCAUGUCGGUUGGAGGUAUCAUGCCUUUUGUUUUCUGAUCAUGAAAUCAUUUUGUAAGCACUUCAUUCUAGGCUACUAUUCUUGUGAUUUUCUUGUGUUAUUCUUUCGUUAGGCGUUUAUUUCUGUAGGCCUAUAAUUAUUAUUAAAGUUAUUUAAUAUGUGAUCUCUGUAUUUACCAUAAUUGGUGUCUGCAGUACCAAGUUCAGGUGUGUAGGGGGUAAUUUUACACUUGCCAUUUUCUUUGUGUUUCAUUAAAAAUGCCAAAUCAGGGAAUAUUUAUGUAAACAUAAUGUAUAAACAAUUCCACGAGCGUAUGCCCUGUGAGUUGCGUCUCACUCGGUUUUGUCGCAUUUGUUUUAUCGUACGGGUGCUGAUUUUCUAAGAAUCAAAGAUCAGUGAUUAUGAAGUCUGACUUUUUUACUGAAAUAAAUGUUCUGAAUGAUUUUAAAA